GUUGUUUUCUUGUUUGAAUUUUCGUCAUCGCCUGCAGCAGUGGAAACAACAGCAGGACGAGAGACGGCCCUUGUGGUUGAUAUAAUCAGCUGUGAAACACCCGUCCCGGCUCAUUUCCAAGUUAACCGGCGACCGAAAAGAUCCGCUUCUUUUCAAUUCAACUUGAAAGAAAAUUAUGUCGUUCCACGAAUUUUGUUAACAUCAUCAUUAUGCCAAUUGCCAAAUUUUUGACGCUUAUUGUCGUGACCUGUGCUGUCGUCCCGCGACUCAACGGACUACCCGUAAUCGACAAUUCAAAUCAGACAGGAAUUGAACACAAAGCCGACACUAAUGUGUUUCACUACCUGGAGCACUGGAAAAGUUAUCAUUUGUUCCCGCACUGGGUGUCUGAAAUCGGUGAAAUUGCUCUGUUCGCUUUGGAUUACGUGUGGCAUCACGACCUGGUUGAACGAAUCCAAGAAGUCGAUGAUCAAGUCAGCGAAAUCAACGGCAAACUGGACGCCCUUUUGGCCACUUCUCCAUCCGCUUCUCGGCUGUUUUUCCAAAUCAAGAAAUCUUCGCUUCCGGAUGCUGGAUCGGCAUUAAUCAAAGAUCGCCAUCUCAAAUUUGCGGAUGUUCCAACUGGGAAACCGGAAUUUAAGUGGCGGAAAAUAACAAAAGCAGACGACAAUAAAAGACAGAAAUAUUAUAAGUAGUUUGAUUGCCGUGCCAAGUAUUAAAAUUGAGUAAAUGGAUUUUUUUUUAGAAUCCGGAAUAGAAAAAAACAAAAUUUGAUAAAAAACAAACGGAAGAAAAAAUUCUUAAAAAAAAGCAUUGUGCUAUAAAAUAGCCUCAGGGGGGAUUUGAGGCUUCCGGGUAAAGCAAUAUUAGUAAUGUUGGUAUACGUAUGUUGGGCUAUUUUCUGUUUUGUGCAAUGCCGAAAUGUCAUUCCGCUUGUUCCGCUGGGCCGCGCGCAGGAAGAGUCGGCGCACUACGUGGAAAUUCCCCCCCCCCCCAUCAUUCCACAUGGGCGGUUUCUACAUCCCAUUGUUUCGUUAUUUAUUAUUGUCAGAGAAAAGAGAGAAAAAAUUGACAUUUAUUUAGCGGAAAGAAUAUGCUACACGGGGAAUUUCCUUUGACAUCCUUUUUUUUUUGUUUUUAUUUUUUUAAAAUAAUAAUGCUGGGGAAAUGUCGAUGGCUGUGGCUUUUUGUUUUUCUUAGUAAAACACAUUAUUAGACCCUCUUGUUUUAUCCUGUAAUUUUGGCAAAUAUUCUGAGAAUUAAAAGGCCACAUAACCAGCUGAUCCUAUGUGGGUAAAUUAUGCCAAGUUCACUGAACACAAAAGAAAAUUCUUGUCCAAACCCGAGGGGAGAAAAGCCUCGAGGUUUUUUUGUUAAAUUAAAUUCCACUAGUAACGACUCCAUUACACGGGAGGAAUACGAACGACACGCCCAUCAACCGGCACUAUAAAUUGACGUACGAGCUGGGAUCCAUUACCAGGAUUAUUUCGCAUAAUCAUUAUUUAUACCGUUGUGGAAUGAAUCGUGUUUGCUAAAUUUAUUUAAAAGAAUACAAUGAAUUUGUUUGGUUUAGUAGAACUUUUA